AUGAAAUUUCAAACUUCUAUAUAUAAUGUUGGGUAUCCUUUGUAUGGUGCCAAGUUUUUGAAUGGACGGAUUUUGUUAGUUGCUGGUGGUGGUGGUGAGGGCAAUAAUGGUAUUCCUAAUAAAAUCACUGCUGUUAGGAUUGAUUUCAAUAAGAAGAAAGUGUUGAAGAGAUUUCGUGAGAUAACUCUGGAUCCAAACGAUGAUUCUCCGACUACUUUGGAUGCUACUAAUGAUUUGAUUUUGGUUGGUUGUAAUGAGAAUAGUGAAAAGAUUAAAAAUGGUGAAGGUAAUCAUCAUAUUAGGAAGUUUGUCUAUGAAAAUGAGCAUUUGAAAUUUAUAUCUGGGAUUGAUCUUGACAAUUCUAAAAAUGCUGAGGAUUACACCAAGUUGAUCUACUUGAGCAAAGAUGCAUCGGUUGGUGCUAUAGCUUCUUCGGCUAUACCAACUGUUAUUAGAAUCAUCGAUCCAAGAGAUAUGUCUGAAAAAUAUGAAAUUGAAACUGGACAUGAUGUGAAAGAUAUGCAUUUUUCUCCUGAUGGUAAAGUCAUUAGUUAUAUUACUCCUUCGACUUUAGAAGUAAUCUCAAUUGUCACCGGGAGGUUCAUUAUUAGGAAAACUGAUUUCGAUAAAAAUUGGAUCUUAUCAAAAAUUAGAUUCUUAAAUGACGAUACUGUCUUGUUGGCAGCUUCUUUGAAAAAGGGAAACGGUAUCAUGAUGUCAAAGAUAAGCUUGAAAAGUGGUAAUAUCACUAUUUUGAAAAGUAAACUGGUCACUAAAAAUUUUAAGAGUAUUACCUCAAUGGAUGUUGACCUAUUAGGUGAUUUAGCUGCUAUUGCUACUAGUGACAACUCAAUUGCGAUUGUUAAAUUGAAAGAUUUGUCCAUGGGGAAAACAUUUAAGCAAGUUCAUAAUUUUGCUAUCACUAAAAUUACUUUUUCUCCUGAUUCAAAAUAUGUCGCAAGUAUUUCUGCCGCUAACACAAUCCAUGUAAUUGACAUCCCUGCAAAUUUUGCUAACUCUACUUCAAUUUGGCGUAAAUUAUGGGUCUUGUUUAGGAAUUUUGUUCUUAUUGUUGUAUUGGCGUAUGCUUCGCAAAUUGCCUAUCAAAAUGAUCUUCACAACAAAAUUUACUUAUACACCAAGGAAAAAUACAUUGACAAGUAUGACAGUUCUGCUUACUUUGUAUUAAAUGACCUUUUGAAACAAACUACCCUAAUUGGCAGAGAAUUGAAGAGUUCAUCCACUACAUCCUCUGUUGUCUCUUCCAGCUCCAGUUCCAGUUCCAGUUCCAGUUCCAGUUCCAGUUCCAGUUCCAGUUCCAGUUCCAGUUCCAGUUCUAGUUCCAUUCCUACUUCCAUUUCUGAAGAGAAAGUAUCAAUUUCUACUUCUCCAUCUACCUCUUCAUCUAUGGUCACCUCAUCCGUUUCCACUCCUUCUGAGGUAGAAGAAGAAGAAGAAGAUACUUCAGAAUAUACUGGUGCUUUUGAUGAAUUCGAUAGGGACGAAUACAUGUCUUACACUGAAAUCAUUGAAGAUAUGAAGUCAAGCUCUGAAUCUGAAGUUCUAAAGGGAUUGAAUGAAACUCUUAUCAAAAAAGAAGUUCAAGAGGAAACUGAAGUUGAGAAGACUAUUGAAGACAAGACUGAUUUACCGGAAGAACCAUCAACCUCUUCUGAGGUUCAAGAAAAUGUCGAGAGUACUGGUAUUUCAACUACUGAAAGUACACCUGUUGAAUCUAUUUCUUCAUCUACUAACUCUAGCUUAGAAAUAACAGAAGAAAUUGAAUCAGAAGCGGUUGAUUUAGAAAAGGAACAGCUUAGAUUACAAAAAGAAGAGGAAGAAGAACUAGAAAGACAAAAAGCUAAAGUUUUAAUGGAAUUGAAAGAGAAGGAGAAAGCUGCUCAAGCCAAAAAAGAAGAGGAAGAAAGAAUUAUAAAUGAAAAGAUAAGGUUAGAAGAAGAAAAGGAAAGGUUAGAGGCUGAAAAGGCAAGGUUAGAUGCUGAAAAGGCUAGAAAAGAAGAAGAAGAAAGAAUGGAAGCGGAAAAAUUAAAGCAAGAAGAAGAGGAAAGAAUCAGACUUGAUAAAUUAAAGCAAGAAGAAGAGGAAAGAAUCAGAAUUGAUAAAUUAAAGCAAGAAGAAGAAGAAGAGCUUGCUAGAAUUGAGGUAGAAAAAAAGAUUCAAGCUGAAAAAUUAGAAGCUGAAAGACUUAAGAAAGUAGAAGAAGAAAAAUUAGAGGCUGAGAAGCUUAAAAGGGAAGAAGAAGAGAGAUUGAAAAUUGAAAAGUUGAAAUUGGAAGAAGAGAAAGCUAAAUUAGAAGCAGAAAAGAUCAAGAAAGAACAGGAAGAAAGGGCUAAACUAGAAGCAGAAAAAGCCAAAACAGAAGAAGAAGAAAGGGUUAAACUACAAGCAGAAAAGGCUAAGAAAGAGGAAGAAGAUGCUUCGAAGACCGAUAAUUCUAUCAAAGAGCAAAACUCUAAAUUAGAAGCCCAAGAAGUUGAACCAGUUUCCGAUAUCAAAGAAAAUAGUUUAAACGAGAAUAAGGAGUCAAGUAGCACAACUACAAGAGUUGAAAAAGAAGAGGUCAAGUCAGAAAUUGCCUCUUCCGCUGAAAUUAAUACUAAUUCAAAUUAA